UGACCAGCUCUACAACUGGCCUGGCGCUGGGUGGUUUGUUUUUGAUAAAAUGAUUAAAGAAAAACAAUCAGAUUUUGCCGAUUUUAGCGUUCCUGAAUUUAAAUAUGAGCAGUUUCGUGAUGUUCUCUUGCGUAUGCGAGCUCUUCAGCGCUACAGCUUCUGCGUGGAUGCGCAGUCGGAAUCAGAUGUGGACAAGCUUUGUCAGGGCUUUCUCAGACUAAUGGAUGACUACAUGACCCUGGAGGAAGUGACUUCGCUAUACACAGUGUCUGUUCUGGUGUUCCUGCUGGUGGAAAAGGAUCGACCACGCCAGUGCAAUGAACGCCUGGAGCUGCUCAACGCUAGCUUCAAUUAUUCGGAUACGCUGAAGCCCACAAUGAUCCACUAUGCCACUGUAACCAUGCUGGAAUGCUUUAAGCUGAUACCUUGCCAAGAAGAGCACCGUUAUAUCUACAUGCUGGAGGCGAUUCCACAUAUUCUGGUGGCCUGCGACACGGGCAAGAUGGUUGCUCUGGGACUGCUGCGCGCCUUCAUAGGCGUCCUGUCCAACACCUCCCUAGUUCUGCACAUUUAUCGUAACAUGUGGGAGGUCUACAACAUGGUUAAGUCCAUCAGCCAAGAAACAAUCCUAGCUGAUUGGUCACUGUGCAGGACGUACAUUCUAGUCAAAUCAUUUUCUCUGCUUAUGAGUUCUACGGCCUUGAACUCGUGCAAUCUGGGACUGAGGCAGGCGGGCUACCAGGGAUUUGACAUGCCGCCCAUAGCCACAGAAAUCUCGGAAUGGUUCACGUCGUUGCGCGACAAGAUCGAGGAGAAGCAUACAAAUCUCUUAAGUAAAUCGGGUUUUAAGCUAGUGCGCUUUAUAGACCAAAAUAUAUUGCGAUAUUUGACUGAAGAAAACAACGAAACGACAUCGGAAGUGGGCAUUGAGACAGUAGCGUAGUGUAGGUGUAAUUAUAGUUCAUAUUUUAUCAUUAGUACAUAAAGCAUAAGCUGUAGAUUCGAUUCA